UUGGUGUACGCUUGCUUGCAGCUUACAUACAAAACAAUGUAACUCUGUCGACGGAGCGGCAGCGUCGCGCUCGCGUCGCUGCACGCAAGCUUCAUGACGCCUGCCGUACUGCCUGUCGUACGCCUGGGCGUACAAGGAGUGAACGCACGUCAUUUUUAUUGUAAAAAAUGGCGGGUACGGCUGCUAAAUUUGUUCAGUUCAUAGAAAAAUAUCCGUGUUUGUAUAACACUAAUCUUGCUGAAUAUGCUAGAAAAGAUUUAACUGAAAAGGCUUGGAGUAAGGUGGCGAAAGAAAUACAAUGGACGGUUAACGAUUGUAAGGAAAAAUGGAAAAAUAUUAGAAAUGGUUUUGUUAGAAGUUUAAAACCGAAGGCUAGUGGAUCGGCAACUACAAAAAAAAAGUACUAUUUACAUGAUGAGAUGCAGUUUAUAUUACCAUACGUCAAACCAGUAAUUCACAUGAAUGAAAGAGGAAAUUUACCAAAUCCUGAACAAUCAACUCUAAAUCAGGAGACCCCUGCGUGCCCCGAAGAACAGGCAUAUGUUGGUUCUAACAGGAAUAUUACAGAAGACACUGAAUCGGAAAAUUAUUCCCAUGUUGAGAGGUCGUCAUUUCAAAAACCAAAAAAAAGGAUUAAACCCGUUAACAACGAAGCUGAUAAAGCUUUUGUAGAAUGGUUAAAAAAAAAAGAAAAUAAAACAGAUGACCCACGAAAAAUGUUUCUGCUGAGCUUGCUACCCGACAUACAAAGUCUUACAGAUGAACAAAUGAGUGUAUUUAGAAUUAAAAUGUUGAUGCUUUUGGAAGAAAUUAAAAACCAACGUGUUCAGUUAUCCAGCCACAAAUAAACCAAUUCAGAGUCUAUUCGCCGAUUUCUUCCGGUAACUCCCACAGUUCAAAAACAAAGCAUCCACACCUUCUCCAAUAAAUUAUUCUAACGACACACAAGUUUCUUCUGUCUAUUCACAAACACAAAUUACCACAUUAAACCCUAUUAAAUUAUUCACAAAAUAUUAAUGAUUUGGAAGAUUUUACAAUACAAUAAAAGUUCACG